UUUUUUUUUUUUUCGUCUAUUGGCAUUCACUUUAUUACUGGUACUCCUCUCUCUCAAGUCUCACCCCACCAAAAAAAUAAAUAAAAAUCAAGAUCAUCUCUGCAACUACAAAUUCUCCAUUUUUUUUAAAUAAUGCUAAGUUGGGUUUGAAGUUUUCACUGUAAUUUCUCCAUAUUUUAGACCCAUUUUGCUUUAUUGGGUCAUACACAAUAUCUAAUAAUAGCUUAUGGUGUCUGAGCUUCUACUGUAUUUCGAUAUUGAAGGCUGAUAAGCUCAAGUUUCUGUUCUUAGUUAGUGGGCUAAAAUUCUGGUUUGCUGGCUUAUGGUGUUUUGAGUUUCUACUGUAUUUCAACAUUGAGGGCUGAUAAACUCAAGUGGGCUUAAAUUCUGGUAAUUUUUCUUUUCAUUUAAAUAAAAAGUUUGCAUUUUGUUUCCUUUUUCUUAUGUCCACAUAAACAAGAAUGGCACUACGUUGUUCUAUUUUCCUAAAAUGCCCAUGUCUUAGUGUGAUUAUGUGAGCAAAUAAAAUCAUCAAGAUUGUAUUUUUAAUUUUUGGGGUUUGGUAAUUAGUUAGCAAAUUGAUGAAUAAUUUGGGUUUCAGGGGAAUCAAGCUAAUGAUUUCACUCCAGUCUCUUUUUUGUGCAAGAAUUUAUCAAAAAGUGUUUGGGUUAUUGACUUUUCAGCGGCUUAAAGUACCAAGUUUACUUGCAUACUACUUUUGAUACUGUUACCGUUAUAUUUGUUUUGCAGUAUCAGAUUCUCCAACGAAACCUAGGAAUUUAAAAGUACCUAAAGCGUGAACUUGAAGUCUCUUUGUGAUAUUAAAGUAGUUGUAGCACAGUUUCCUUAAAUUGCUCAUUUUGGAUCUGAGAACCAUCACUAGAUAAGUACUAACAUUUUGGGUUGCGAAUUCCUCCUAUCGGCACAUUUGCCUGAACCUUGGUGGACAGGUUUACCUGAUACCUGAGCUCGUAGGCUUUAGCUGGUUGCCUAGCUGAUUAGUCUGGCGCUAGCAAGCUAACACGGAUGACACAGUUAUCAAGACACAACAACAACAUACCCAGUGUAAUCCCACAUGUGUGGUCUGGGGAGGGUAGAGUGUAUGCAGACCUUACCCCUACUUCGUAGAGAUAGAGAGCCUGUUCCCGAUAGACUCUGAGCUUAAGUAAAGCAUUUCAGGGUGAAAAAAGGUGUAUUUGGGGGUUGACAUUGUUGUGAGCUAGUGAAAUUGUGAAGCAUGAUGGGGCUUAUUGGAACACUCUCGAUGCUUCGCUUUCUGAUGUGGUUGUUUUGGUUGCCACAUUCCGAAAGUUCCCAGUUAACUGACUUUUCUAUGGGGGCUGCACGGGCACUAGACGCACUCCUCCAAGAUUAUGCUUAUCUUGCAUUUGAUCGUCCGAGGAUUAGAACAGGUGUUAUCUAUGAUGGAAAAGUCUCAUCGAAUUUGACAGGGAUUAAGGUAUCUGCGUUGAGGCUUAGGAGCGGUAGCUUAAGGAGACGAGGAGUUAAAAUGUAUAAAGAGUUCCAACUACCCAUUGGUGUCGUCGAGCAGCCUUAUGUUGAGAGGCUUGUACUGGUCUACCAAAAUUUGGGCAACUGGUCUGCAAGAUAUUACAACCUACCCGGCUACAUCUACUUGGCUCCCGUAUUAGGUCUUCUUGCUUACGAUGCAUCAAAUCUGUCAGCUACUAAUUUGCCUGAGCUGGAUAUUAAAGCUUCUGGUCAGCCUAUUUCAAUAAGUUUUUCUGAUGUCAAGCCAUUGCCUGUUGGAUCAUCUGCAAAAUGUGUUUCAAUUGAUUUACAAGGUUCUCUGAAUUUCAGCAAAGUUUUGUCGGAUAACACGUGUACAACAUUUCAACACGGGCAUUUCUCUAUCGUGACCGAGUCAAUUGCUCCUUCACCUGCUCCAGUGUCUCCACCAUCUGUAAUUCAUCAUAAGGGAAAGAAGAACAAGUCGAAAGUCUGGAUAAUUGUUGGUUCGGUAGCAGGAGGACUAGUAUUGAUGUUUCUUUUAGGUCUUCUGAUAGCGUGUGCGAGCAAGUACAAGCGUAGAAAGAAAAUGCAAGAAAUGGAGAGGGCUGCAGAGGUUGGAGAAGCAUUACAAAUGACUAACGUUGGGAGCACAAAAGCACCGGCUGCUACUGUUACGCGAACGCAACCUACACUAGAAACCGAGUACAGGCCAUAACUGAUCCCUCUGCACAAAUUCAUGUUUCUUUUGUUGCUGUUAGAUAUUCUUCCAACCACACCCCCUUUUUCUUGGUGUUGCUUUAUUUAAUUCUUUAGUAGGCUUAUGAUAGCAGUGUGAGUAGUAACAUGGUUAUUGUGUACAUAAUAAUCUCUAAGCUUUCACAUUAGCCAUUCAUAUUUGUAAUGAUCUGUUAUGUUGUGCAUUUAUUCUUUUAGCAUAUGGUAGAGUUCAUUGUGAUGAAAGUUUGUAAGAUUCAUUGACAAUAAGUAAAAUAUUUUGAUGGUA